CCUCCUGGCUCCCAGUGGGUGUGGUGGGAGGGACCCUGACAAAGGUUGUGAGUAAAAGCGGAGGGUGCCCUUGUGGCGGCUGAGGGGCCUUGGCAGUCUCUGAGGUCCCCCGAUUUUAGCACCCCAAGUCCCACGUCCUGGGAACCCGCUCAGUCCCAGACAAACGGGAGAGGACCACAUGGAGGGAACCCUGCGGGGUCCUCUGUGCCCCAGGGGGCAGGUCUCGAAGGUGGGGCAGGGCGUGGGGGCUGCAGUGGGAGGUGUGAGCCAUAGGGAUGCCAGGGGGGGAGACACAGCCGCGCGAGGCCCUGGGCAGACGUGCGAAGGGCGUCCAGCCUGCAGGUGGGGCAGGCGGGAUUGGCCGGAGCUCCUGCACCGAGUGGGUGAGGGCCUCUAGGUCUCCAGUCCAGGAGCUCUGGGGGUCGGGCGGCCUCCAUGACCCACAGCCUCCUGGCCCCUAAAAGGAGGGGGCUCCAGGCCUGGCUGUGUCCAGGGGUGACAUGUUCACCCCACAGGGCCUCCUUCCACAAGGGCAGGGUGUGAAGAGGCAGUCCGAUUCCAGGCGUGGUGGGGUGCCCACGUGGCCAGAGGGGUGGGGCCACGCCUCUGCCUGCAGGGCCGGGGGCCUGGGCCCCAGGGAGGGGACACGGAGGUGGUGUUUGCCACUGUUCACGGCUUAGCCUCACAGGUGGUUUGUGGGUGCAGUUGGGAAUGUGGGUGCUGUACGGUAACGAUGCUUAAGGGGACCAAGUGUUGGUAACGAUGCUUAAGGGGACCACGCCGUAAGGUGGCUACAGAGAAUCGGUGGUUUCAGGCAGCAGAGCCACCUGGUGUCCAGGGGUGUUCCGGGUGCAGGGCCUUCAGGGCGGGGCCGUUGCCUCAGCCACUGGGGGUGGCGCACCGCUGUGCCGGCCCACCGUGUAGGGUCGCUCUGCGUCCGGGCAGGGUCUGUGUGGUGGCAUCUGCCCAUCGGUCAGGUGUGCCCACAGGUGUGCAUGACCCAGGUGGGCUGCAGCGGUAGAUCUCUGGGUAGAUGGUGCCUGGGCUCUGGGGCCCCACCUGGGCAUCCCUUCAGGGUCUCCUCAUGGCCGCCUCUGUCCCCUUCGGUGAUGGUGGCAACAGGUCCUGGAACUGGCUGGGGGUCGUGGGGUACAGUGUCCAGUGUCACUGCCAGUUAACCUGCUCGUCCCGCCUCCCACAGAAGGACAUGGCCCUGAAGCCACAGGAGCGGAAGGAGAAAUGGGAGCGUCGCCUCGUCAAAAAGCCCCGGGAGUCAGAAAACGGCCCGCCGGCAGAGCCCAGUGAGAACGGCCGGCCCCCGGAGGUGGGCAGCCCCGAGCAGGACCUGGAGCCCACCUGCGACCGGGGGAAGAAAGUCCCACUGCAGCCCGCCAAGCAGGUGAAGGCUGUCCUGUCCAGAGGGGGCGACCGCCACAGCGAGGACGAGGGCUUCCGCGAAGCCACCAGCUCCCGGCUCAGCGCCUCCCGGGACCAGCUCAGUGACAGCUCAGCGCAGGCCUUCUCGGGCAGAGGCUAUUCCUGUGACAGCGAGAGUGACGGGGACGACAAGGUAAGCCCUACGGACCCCCCAGCUGACUCGACCCACAGGUGGCCCUGGAGACCUGGCAGGAAGGUGCUGGGGCUCCUGUGGGGUCAGGGGCACCUGGUCACACAGCUGGGACCUGGGCCGGCGAACAAGCGAAUGUCCCACUGAGGAGUCGCAGGUGGUGAGGCAGGCAGGCUGGGACCCCUCGUGCCUGUGGGGGGCCCUCCCGGGUGGCUGGGCACGCAGGCCCUGGGGACGGGAGGCGGCCUGGAGGGCCCGCUGAGCACUGCCUGGUGUUUGGUCAGGUUUCUGUGAAACGGAGUGAGUUCCGUUGGGAGGCCUGGUAUGUGGCUCUCGGCUCCGCGUCCUGGCCACGUCGGGCAGGCGCUAUCCCAGCUGUGGGCAGGCGGCGGGCAGGCGGUCCUCCUGGUGCUCAGUGGACAAGCCCAUGCAGGUGUGGAGAGGGCUGGACAGGCCUGCGGAGGACGCCGGGGCCCAGGUGACAGCCAUGGGGGGGGGGGGGCAGCUGAGAGCAAGCGUUUUGUCCCAAGGCCUGGGAGGGGACGGAGGAGCAGUGUGGACACGUGAGAUCUGAGAUGCCCAGGACGGGCCUCCAAGGGGGGCUGGCCCCAAAGCCCUAGGAGGGGUCGUCAUUGUGGUCUGGCCCGCGGGGCAGAUGGCAGAGGUGGCCAGCGUGUACUGGGGCCCAGGACCCUCCCCACCGCCACCCUGGGGCCUGCGGGACGCCUGUGGGUCCCAUGCCCACAGCGCCUGGGUGCUGGGACGUGUCUUCCCGAGGAGCUGCCUGUCACCCGUCUGUAAUGAGUCCGGUUGGGCACCUGGGGAGAGGGCUGAGCUGGCACAUCACCUUUAGCGCCUCCUUUAAUUGGGAACCACUCUUUGGAAAUGCUCUCUGAAGCCAAGGGCAGCUCUGAGGGGCAGAGGGAGGGUUCCUGAGGCUGCUGGCUGCUCCGUCCACGGCCCGUCGGCCAGCACUACUGUUGCUGCCCACAAGCUCCGCCUGCCUGGCCCCGUCAGUGCUGGUCUUGGCGAACUUUUCCCUGCACCCCGGGGGUCUAGCCAGGACACGUCCUUCACAGCAGCUCUGCCUCCCAGCCCUCCCUCCGGGCGUCAGGGAGCAGGGGCCAGCCACCCUGCACACAGCCCCUCAGUCAGGAGCUGCUGCUGCUGUAACAGAAACCAAACUCGACAGUGACAAUAGCUGUCUGUCCCUGUGGCCGUCCGUGGCGUGUGGCUCCCACCCUCAGUCUCGUCUGGGUCCAAGGAGGCAGCUGUGGCACCAGCCGUGUCAUUUGCGCCGUUUUCCCGCUCCGUCGAUCGUGAGGGCUGGCACCUCUGCACGGCGAGGCAGGGACGAGGGUGCAAGCGUCCGGGGGCUGGAGCAGAGGGUGAGCCCAGAAGGGCCACGUGGCAUAAAUCACAGCAUGAAGUUCAGGUCUUGUUCCAAGUGCGUCCGGCGCCACCACCUCGGGAGGUCCCUGCCGCACGGCCUCGCCAGGUGUCCUCAGGGCUCGGCCCUCCUGGCUGCAGGGGCACCGUGCACCGUGUGGCCCAUGGUCCAGCCCCUCAGCAUCCUCCAUGGACACACUGAUGGUCCCAGAGUUGGGGGUGGUGAGCAGCUGGGUGGCAAGAGACCCGAGUUCCCGCCCUCCUGCCCCGGCUCAGUCUCUGGCAGCGAGUCACCCUCUCCAGGCCCAUCCAGCAGGCCCGGGGGACACUCGCCUGGGACCUCGGAACAAGUGGCCACCCCUCCUGCUCUCCCCACUGCAGCCAGGCUGACCCGUGAGGAUCCCCACCCCAAGCAGAGAGAAGGGCCUCUGCCCCCUGGGCACCCCAACUUCCUUUCUCUGGCACCGGCCAGGUGAGGCCGUUCACGGACCUGGGGGUUGGGGGGGCUGGUGCAGGCAGGAAGGCAAGUGCCUCCAGGCAUUUCCGGUACGUGACUGCGAGGGCGCAGGAGGGAGACCAGCAUCAGCUGCAGCAGUGCCUGGCCUCAAGCAGCUGCUUGGCAUCCACAGGCACCUCCCCGACCCUUGCUGGGCCUUGGGACUCCUGCCCACAGAGUUGGGACAGGCUGGCUUGUCACGGUCCCUGACGCACAGAGGGCCGCUGGGGGGACAGGCCAGGAGAAGGGGCAGCUGAAUGUGCGGGUUGGGUGGGCAGGAGAGCGGGGAGCUGCUCUGUGCCCUGGGUCUGUGCACAGACUCAGCAGGUGCUGGGCACGGGGACAGCAGGCCAGGCAGGCAGCCCCCCAAGGCCUCUCUGGAUGGGCCACAGGGAGGCCUGGGCUCCGUGCUUCCGGCCAGUUCGCUCGUCCCAAACCUGCCAGGGUCUGAGGUUCCCUCUCAGCCAGCAGCAGCCUGGAGGCUGGCCUGCAGACAAGACAGAAAACCUCUCCCCGCCGCCCUCCUGAUGCACAGGCCCCGCCCUCGACCUCUCUGUCCAGUCAGUGCUGCAGACCUCCCACCCCCACCCCAGCCCUCUCGCCGCCAUGGUCCUCCCACCUCCUCCAGAUGGCCCGCCCACCACUCCGUGGUUUGCAUCUAACUGCUUUUUUUAUUGGAAAAAUAUGGGGUGAAAAUUGUGUGGGGCUCAUUAGGGGGCCAGCUGGGCCUGGGCUGGCUGCCUGCCGUCUGCCCGAGUGGCCCGCCAGGUGGCUGGCUGGGCAGCACUGCUUUCCAUCCCCUGCCUGUGGCCACAACCCCCCUCAAGGGAUGUCUGUCUGUCCAGCCUCUGCCAGACGCCUUGCCAAGUCAUGCUCCCAGCACUCGGCCUCUGCCAGCUCCGGGGCUGCGGGAACGGGGCUGGGCCCUCCGUGGACAGCAGUUCGGCUCCCUGGCCAGCCCCCUCCUCCGAGCCUGUGCCCUUUGCUCACUGGGGCCCUCAUGGUGCCUGUGGCCUGGGAUGGAGGCGAGUGUUCCGGGCACUGACCUGAGCCCCUGGCCUGGGAUGAGCCGAGCAAGUCCACCUCAGAGACGGAGGUGUGUCCUCCCGUGACAGGCGGAGACACGGCAGCUUAGAGGUGGGCGCCCUCCAUCCAGUGACUGCGUGCGUUUCCCCACAUCACCCCCAGGGUGGCCUGGCCCUGCCUGCUGCUCUGGAAGUCGGGGUGGGACCGGCUUCCGCCCACCAGGGCCCGUCGUCUGCC